AAACCGGGAAAGGAAUCGAAUCGCCGAACGCUAAACCCUUGGUGGGCGUUAAACCCUACGAACACGCUUCGCAGGGGAGGGGCCUUAUAGGUGAAAUUUGUGUGCUCUCCGAUCAACUAAACAACAAAUCCUUCGGCACAGCGCCACCCAUACCCUUCAAAUCGCCGCUCUGUUGAAUUCUCGGCCGAACAGUUUGACCUUUGAUAUCUUCUGACAUGGAACCGAACGAGAAGGAGACGCGGGUUUACCAUCCGUAUCAAGAUCUCAACGUUCCGAUCCAGAAGCUCUACAACCUCCCUACCGCCCCGGAGCAUCUCUUUCCCGAAGAGGCCGCCAGAACUCAUCGCUCGUGGGGGGAAAAUCUCCAGUACUACACCGGCUGUGGCUACUUAUCGGGUGCCAUGUUCGGCGCCGCCAAGGGCACCGUCCGCGGCCUCAAAGCUGCCGAGCUCGGCGACUCCCUAAAGCUACGGGUCAACCGUGUUCUGAAUUCGGGAGGACAAACCGGCCGCAGAUUAGGGAAUUCGCUCGGCGUCUUGGGUUUGAUCUUUGCUGGUCUAGAGAGUGGCGUUAUCCAUUUCAGGGGUAAGGAUGAUUUGUUGAACAGUGUGGUGGCGGGACUUGGUACGGGAGCGCUUUACAGGGCGGCGGCGGGACCGCGAUCAGCGGCUAUUGCGGGUGCAAUCGGUGGAAUUGCAGCGGCAACGGCAGUUGCUGGGAAGCAAUCUCUGAAGAGAUAUGUACCAAUAUGAUGAGGAAGGUGACAGUCGAAUGAGUGAGGAUGUAAAGGAAAAGGUAAGGAGCUUGGUGGUUUCAAAUUUGAACGUCCUGCAAAUUCAUGUUGUCGCUGUGUUAACAUCUCUGCCUUGUUGUUUCUCUCCGGCAAUUUCUUUUCACUGCCAAAGGCACUGUUACUGGUUAACAUCUUCCAUGUGAUUGGGUAAAAUUUACGCAAGGGGUACUCAUUUUUGUUCA